GCCAAGUUGCUUCUCGCCCCCUCGCAGCCUUCGAACUCGCGGCCGCUGGGGGAGACCCGUCGCUGCCAUGGGCGCGCGCUGUGCCGUGGCGAUGGCCAGCGUGGCCAGCGUGGCCAGCGUGGCCAGCGUGGCCUGCGGCGCGGAGGAGACGUCUGCCUACCUCUACAGCCAGGUCUAUGCUGCGAAGCGAAGUGACUACUACCUCCGUCGAGGCCACGCCUUCGACUGGGAUGAGCACGAGUGCCACGCCUUCUUGGACGCCGCGGUGGAGAUCAGUUCCAGCAAUGCUUCUGUCCUGGAACGAGCGGAGGCCCGUGGAUGCAACUUUCAGGCCAGUGCCUCGAGCAGCUCUGUUCCCACCGAGUUGCAGAUCGGCCCCGUGCGCCGCUGGCGCUCCGCGCGCUCCGCAGCGCCCAGCUCCGUUGGGCAAAGCAGGGAUCUCUUCGCAACUCCCUUGGGCUUUCUGCACGUGUCGGAGUUGGGGCUUCGUGAUUGGCAGAAGACCUUAGAGAUCUUCGGAACCGCUGCCAUCGCCCAGUUCCAGAAGGUGCAGAAGGCCGAAAGACGUCGAAGCUUUGUGGACCUGAACAAUCAUUUCUUUCAAAGCCAGGACACGAAUCCACGCAGCGCGAUGGCGGAGCCGCACUCCUGGCGAGAGCUUUAUUCGAGUAAGGAGUAUCGAGAAUGGGCCAAAGUCAGCCAACAGAUUUGCAGCUCCUUCAUCAACAAGCUGGGCAUCCCUCUUGCAGAGGAGGAGGCGAAGAACUUGGAACUGGUCACAUGGGCAGCGGUCUAUCCCAAGAGCCAUGAGCCAGUGACGCACUAUUACCAUGCGCACCAGGAGUCCAUUGUGAGCUUUGUUCUCUACGUGAAGAUGCCGGAGCCGGUGACGCCCUUGACGAUCUCCGACCCGCGGGGCGCGCCGCCGGUGGAAGACUUCGAGUGGUUCCAGGAUUUAGGUGAUAUGGGUGUGGAUGGAGACCCUCCAUUCCAUCGACCGGUGGAGUUCUAUCCUGAGGAGGGGGACAUUCUCAUUUUCCCAUCCUUCGCGAUCCACAAGGUUCCGCCACACUUGGGAGAAGACACGCGGGUGGUCUUCCCGAGCAACUGCCACUUGCCCAAGAAGCCCAAGGUUCUGGACAAGACCUUCCAUGGCAUGGAGAACCCACUGGAUGGAUGGGAGCGCAUCGCCCGGUGGCAGGCUCCAUACUUGAGCCGCCCAUGGGCAGUGAGCAGAUACCGACAUCAUGCGAACCUCGCCUUGGCAGCGGCCGAGCGCCUGGAGGACCCCUACAUGAAGAUUUGGGAGGUGCAAAAUCAGGUCCUGGCCAUGCUGCAGUUCGGCCUGCACGAUCCUCGAGCCUGGCUACAAGCAGGGAAUCUUUCAGCGAAGGCGGCAGUGAUUCUGGACUCCCGAGGCGAAGGAGAGUACUACUUAGAUGCUUCGCUGAUGUUUGCUCGAGCACUUGACCUUGAUCCUUCCAUCAAGCAGGAGGUGGAUUCCUGUUUGGAUGCGAUGAUCCCGAGAAAGGUGAAGAAGAAGCAAAAGGAGGCCUAUGGCUCGCUGGCGAAGUGGAGGAAGCUUAUCAAGUCUUGGCGAACUGAGCCCCCUCGAGCAGAGGUGACGCAAUUCCUCCACCCAGAGGUCAAUGGCCCUGGGCGAUGCUCGCGCAUGUGCCCAGCCAGUCAGAUGCCCACCUUCAGGACGCUUCGAAUUCGUUCGGUCUUCAGCAGCCGGAUCUACAUUCUCAAAGGAAGGGAGCUCACGGUCGCUGUGAAGGCAGCGGAAGAGCUUCUGGAGGCUGAGCUGGGCUUUCCCGUGCAGGUUGAAGCCUCUGAAGAGUUGGAGGACGCCGGAUGGAUCGAACGCCACACGUCGGUCAACGCGAGGGUCGUUCUUUGCGCCUCAACGCCUGUGCUGCUGGCUGACCCUCGAGGUCGCUGGCCCCGGCACUGGCCUGGCAGUGUGCAGGACACGGGGGAGGAACCCAAGGAACCCAAGGCGCUGGCCGAGAGUCCAAGGCGUCAAGGACGAUGAACACCAGUUUGUGGUGAGGGACGGUGAUGGAGGAGAAGAUAGGAAUAAUUAGUAUAUAUCAGUAUUGAAUAAUUAGGAAUGGCAUUGGAAAUGAUCCUUUGACAUGUCGUUGAACCUUUGAAUAAGUUUGUUGUGGUGGUGGUUGGGACUUCCUCAACCCAGAUGAUCACCAUUUUCUAUCCACUCAGACGAGAUCUCCGAUGGUGUCAACUUGUGGGCUGGAACUGACGGAGCCUGACCAUGACCUGGCAAGGACGUGAAGUCCCAAGAUCAACCCGUAGCCUUCCGGUCGAGCCUUCCGUCACAAAUCCUUUGACUUGGCAUUGUAAUCGAAAAAAGAAAAGCUGAGUAACACCAGGGUUCUUAGAUGUUCUUAGGUAAAACACACGUUAAACUCCAUGGUGGGCUGACCUCUCCAGCAGCCCUAGACCUACCCGCGCCGGGACGAUGACGGCGCAAGGCACCGUUCCAUUGGCAUUUGGAGGUCCCUUGUGACGAAGGGCAGCUGCUGUUGCUGCCAGCCUGGCUGCCAUUGAAUGCCACAGGCGCUGCUGGGCGCUAUGCUUUGACGGCGACCACCACCACCGGUCGGCCUUUGGGCUGCCAUUGGCCACGACCCUCCCUGGAAGCCGAGGGCGGACCACCCCACGCGCCGAAUGCGGAGCUGUGAAAA